GAUUACUCCACUUAACUCAACAUUAUUUAUCCACCCUAUAGUUAAAGUUUAUCGUCCGUACGGAUGCUUAGCAUAGGGACCUUCAUGUAAACAUUAGAUAAAUGUAUACCAGUCAACUUCUGGUAAUCGCCAUGACGUUGUCAAACUUUUGAUUUAUUCAGUCAAAUUUCCAGUCAAAAUAAGAGGAUAAUUCCUCUCUCAUUAAAUUCGUUCAUUUCAUCAAAAAAAUCAAAAUUCCAGUUCAAACUUUACAUGAAUAACUAAACAGCAGAGCCUUUUUCAAAAUUCGCAGUGGAAUAUUACAAUAAAAAAAUAAAAUAAAAAAUUUACACAUGGCUUCGCAAAAAAAACAAAUACAAAUUCCCAAUGGGUACAAAUUUUUAUUUGGAGGAUCUGCAGGAUGUUGUGCAACAUGUUUUGUUCAACCAUUGGAUUUACUCAAAAAUAGAAUGCAAAUGUCUGGUCAAGGAGGAAGAACAAAACAACAUAAAACUUCCUUACAUGUUUUAUUAGAUGUUGUAAGAAAUGAGGGAAUUUUACCACUUUAUAAUGGACUUUCAGCGGGAAUAAUGCGGCAAGCCACGUAUACCACAACUCGACUGGGAAUUUACACGUGGCUGUUUGACUUGCUAACUUUCGGAGACAAACCGCCAAAUUUCUUCAUCAAAGCCAGCAUUGCUAUGUUAGCCGGAGUUGCUGGUGCAUUUGUCGGUACUCCUGCUGACGUUGCUCUUAUCAGGAUGACGUCUGAUGGUAGACUUCCUCCCGAUCAAAGACGGAACUAUAAAAACGUUGUAGAUGCGCUAAUUCGAAUGGCAAGAGAAGAAGGAUUACCUACGUGGUUUAAGGGAGCUGUGCCAACAAUGGGAAGAGCUAUGGUUGUCAAUGCUGCCCAAUUAGCAACGUACUCUCAAGCCAAACAAAAUCUCAAAGAAACUGGAUAUUUCCGGGAUGGAAUCUUAUUGCAUUUUUGUGCAUCGAUGAUCUCUGGUCUGAUAACCACUAUAGCCAGUAUGCCUGUGGACAUUGCAAAAACGAGAAUUCAAAAUUUGAAAACAGUUCCUGGCGAAAAGAAGCCUGGAGCGAUACAGGUUAUGGCUGGAAUUGUAAAAAACGAAGGAAUCCAUGCACUUUGGAAGGGCUUCACGCCCUAUUACUUUAGGCUGGGACCACACACGGUAUUGGUGUUUAUAUUUUUGGAACAGUUCAAUUCUGCAUACCGAAGACUUCAUGCCCAUGAUGACCCUGAUGAGGAUUGAUGAUUUGCUCGUGAAAAUUGUGGAUAGUUUAGUGUCCAUGCGUGACAAGAAUGGGGAAAGAGUAUUAUUGUUUCCGGCUGGAGAUCCAAUGGAAGAUAAAGGAAACGACGCCCUUGAUGUGCAAUAUUUCAAAGUAACUGUAAUUUUUCGUAUAUCUGAAAUAUAUAUAUUUUUUUUUUUGA